GGCAGGCGGCCGGCGCGGCUUUAAGGGCGGGGGGCGUGCCCCGCUUGUUCCGGUGUGGCAAGAUGGCGCUGCCCUUUGCGCGGUCGCUGUGCCUGUGCCGCGCGGGAGCCAAACGCCUGGGGCUCGCCACCCCGGGCGCGCGCAGAGGAAUCAGUUUCAGACUGGAAGAAAAAACCGCCCACAGCAGCCUGGCCCUCUUCAAGAACGAGACCGGCGUCAAGUACGGCAUGGUGGGGCUGGACCCCACCAAGCUGGCGCAGAACGUGGAACGCUUCCGGGAGUGGGCGGUGGUGCUGGCGGACACGGCGGUGGCCAGUGGCCGGCACUACUGGGAGGUGACCGUGAAGCGCUCCCAGCAGUUCCGGAUCGGCGUGGCGGAUGUGGACAUGUCCCGAGACAGCUGCAUCGGCGUGGACGAUCGCUCCUGGGUGUUCGCCUAUAACCAGCGCAAGUGGCACACCAUGCUGGCCAACGAGAAAGCCCCCGUCGAGGGCAUUGGGCUGCCCGAGAGAGUGGGGCUGCUGCUGGAAUUUGAGGCCCAGAAGCUCAGCCUGGUGGACGUCACCCGGGUUACCGUGGUCCACACACUGCAGACAGACUUCCGGGGUCCGGUGGUACCCGCCUUUGCCCUCUGGGAUGGAGAACUCCUGACCCACUCAGGUCUAGAGGUGCCUGAGGGCCUCUAGCUCCUGGAGCACUGGAGUCCCUAAUCCCCCUUGGCCAGCCUCUGGCUGUAUUGGAAACCCUCUAACAGUGUCCCAAGCUACCUGUCGUUCCCUCAAUUCAGCGUGCAAUAUCUUAGUCAUUUGCUUCGCACCUAUCCCGUGGCUGGGCACAAACACCCUGUCCCCUCCCCCAGAUGGCCAGUCUGAGCUACCACACGUCUGUACUUUUUUCCGGACUUGCUUCCUCUGCCUCCUUGUGCCCAGAUCUUUUCUUCUGUAUUCUUUUCAGUGUGGGGGGGUUACUACACCUUACAGCUUGGUUUGCGUUCAUCCAUCACUCUGGUCCCUUUCCCUUUCUUUGCCCUUAUCUCACUUGGUUUUGAAGCUCUACCAAAUGUCCAGAGCAAAUCCUUUCUACCUCUGGCGGGAGGAGCGGUGUAGUCCGUGAGUCGGCCCUUUCUCUGUGGCACAGUGCUUGGGGCCUGGCUCCUCAGGAAGUGCUUUACUGUGUCAGAGUAAGGACAGAGCCACCCUUCCCUAGUACCUCAGUGGCACACUCUUAGCCCCGCAAGCUGCAGUAUCCUCACACCUAUCCCUUCGCCUUAACACCUCGGACACCUGGUCAGUCUGUUGGAAUCACUGGGCCAGUUACAACCACGACCAAGGGAGAAGAGACAGUUGAGGGAUGGUGAGGGGUUUCGUGGUCAAGUUCUCGUUCUUGAGAUGUUCCCAUCUUCAUUCUGCUCCAGUUAGAACUUCCAGAGUGAAGAGGAAGGUCCUGAGGUCUUGCUUAAAGCAUUUUUGGACCUGCCUCGACCCAAACCCUUGGUCCUGUUGGCAGCAGAGUAUUUAACCUGAGAUAGUAUUUGGGGCAGAGGCGGCCCUGG